AUGUUGGGUUCAACGCAGGUCGAGGACACAUUUAAACUGGAAAGCAAAUUGACAAGCUCACAGUUAUCUGUAUCAUCCUUAUCAAGUCAUUCAGCAAGUGAUGUUAGCGACGAUGAGGUUAACAGGCUACCAACAAAAAUCGCAAAACGUGUCAAAUCAUUCCAACCGCGUACUUCACAACUUGAUCGUGAAGCAAUAGAAAAUAACGAUUUUAAACCUCGUGGAGUCUUCACUUUUUUUUGGAUUGCAAUGUCGUUCUAUUUGAUGAAUACUGGUAUACAAAACUUUCAAACAAUUGGUCAAUUUGUAGGUUUAUCAUUUUACAAAUUGUUCACAAAAGAUUUCCUAGUGUUAAUGAUAAGUGAUGCUUUUAUGGUUGGAUCAAUGUUUUUUGUGGUUAUCCUACAAAAACUCAUUUCUAUUGGUUGGAUUAGAUGGCGUUAUACUGGAAUGAUUAUUCAACACGUAUUCCAAACAAUAUUUUUAUUUGUGCCCAUUUAUUGGUCAUUUUUUAGAGGUUGGCCAUGGGUACAAAGUGGUUUUUUCCUACUUCAUACGAUUUCAAUGUUGAUGAAAUUACACUCAUAUUCUUUCUACAAUGUUCAUCAAUUAAAAGAAGUAAUCAGUCAAGUUGAAGGAUACCUCAAGAGUCCUUUGGGAAAUACACAAUAUCCAAAUAAUAUCACUGUAUCAAAUUUUAUAGAUUUUUUGUUAGUUCCCACUUUAGUUUAUGAACUGGAAUAUCCAAGAACCAAAGAGAUUAGACCUUGGUAUGUUUUUGAAAAACUUUUAGCAACAUUUGGAACAUUUUUCUUACUCUAUGUAAAUACACAGUCCUACAUCAUACCUGUUUUACCAAAUGCAUCAUCUACAUCUGUUUGGGAAAUGAUUGUAAAGAUGUUAUUUGCAGAUCGUAACUUUUAUGAUGACUGGUGGAACAGUGUGACAUUUGAAGAAUUUGCACGCAAAUGGAACAAACCAGUUCACCACUUUUUAUUAAGACAUGUCUAUCAACAAUCCAUUGAAUCAUACAAAUUAUCAAAACGUGAUGCCACCUUCAUGACAUUUUUCUUAUCUUCACUAAUUCAUGAAUUGGUGAUGGUUGUAGUAGCAAAAAAAAUUAGAAUGUAUUUAUUCUUUUUCCAAAUGCUCCAAUUACCAUUAAUUUGGUUGGGUAAUUUGAAAUUUGUUAAAGAAAGGAAAUGGUUAGGUAAUGCAUUUUUCUGGUUUGGUAUGUUUGUUGGCCCCCCACUUUUGGGUGUUUUGUAUUGUAGAGAAGCAUUUUUCGAGUAA